AUGGACAAUAGCACAAAAGCCACAGAGUUCAUCCUCUUGGGAUUAACAGAUGACCCUAAUCUUCAGGUCCCCCUCCUCCUGGUACUUUUGUUCAUCUACCUCAUCACUCUGGUUGGGAACAGGGGGAUGAUGGUGAUCGUCCUCUCAGACCCCCACCUCCACACUCCGAUGUAUUUCUUCCUCGGUAACCUCUCCUUCAUAGACCUGGGUUACUCAUCAGCAGUAGCCCCUAAGACGGUGGCCACCCUGCAGUCAGGGAGCAAAGUCAUCUCCUACAAUGGCUGUGCUGCCCAGUUCUUCUUCUUUGUGGGUUUUGCCACUGUCGAGUGCUACCUCCUGGCCUGCAUGGCCUAUGACCACCAUGUAGCCGUAUGCCGGCCUCUUCAUUACACCACCACCAUGACAGCAGGUGCGUGCGCCCUCCUGACUGUUGGCUCCUACGUCCGUGGCUUCCUCGAUGCUUCCAUUCACACAGCAAACACCUUUAGACUCUCAUUCUGUGCUUCUCAUGAGAUUAAUCAUUUUUUCUGCGACAUUCCUCCACUCUUGGCUUUCUCGUGUUCCAACACACGCAUCAACAACUUGGCUGUCUUCUGUGUCGUGGGCUUCAGUGUCUUUUUCGUUCUCCUGGUCAUCCUCCUCUCUUACCUCUUCAUAUACAUCGCCAUUCAAAGGAUGCGUUCUGCUGAAGGACGGAAGAAAGCCUUCUCCACCUGUGCCUCCCACCUCAUUGCUGUAACCAUCUUCUUUUUUUUUUUUUUCUCCAAUAUCAUCAUGUACCUACAGCCCAGCUCCAGCCAGUCCAUGGACAUGGACAAAAUCGCUUCUGUGUUUUACUCGGUGGUGAUUCCCAUGCUGAAUCCCUUGAUCUACAGCCUUAGGAACAAAGAAGUAAAAAAUGCUCUCUGGAAAGUACUCAACAAACUUUAUCCCAAGUCUGUAAGUGUGAAUAGGAAGUAGGCAGGUAAUGGUGGGAUAAACCUUCCCCCAGACCUCAAUGCCAUCACGACUUCUGAGGUUUGGCAGAUUCCAGACCUUUCUUCUUCAAGAACAGUGGUUACUUCUGCUACUUAGAGGAAUCAAGAGAGCAGCACUUGGAAAUGUCUCACUCAGGGAGAUAAUCUUAUAUUUAGUGAAUAACAACAUUGGACAUUUAAACCCUUCUUGCACUAGUUUCUUGAUAUGAUUCAAAGCAGAAGAUCAAAGCAUAAACUGAAUCCACUGACUUUCCUUUCCCUAAUUUUAAUUGGAAGAAAUUUCCAC